CUCCGCGCGCUUCUCUCACUCCCCCUCUCUCUCUUUCUCUGUUCGGGCUCCAUCGUUCUGAGCCUGAAGAAGCCAGAAUGGGUGGAAAAUGCCAGCAGACUGAGAAAGUUUUCGAUAUAGCUCAAACCUAGUUCGCAGCCAGGCGCUUGGCAAAGGGCGUUUGAGUGAAGCCAACAUUGUCUUCGCUUUCCAUGAAGCGGAGGGAAAUUCGGAGUUGGCUGAACCCCUAUCCUGGUGGUUUGCGUCUCUCUCCUAUCGGCAGCUCGAGGAAACAGCGGAAUCAUGCCCGUUCUCAAAAACUCCAGCCAGGAUUCGGUCCGACCCAAAGCUCGGCGGAACAGCUAUGUUUUGCCCAAGCUGCCGGUCCCGCCUCUGCAGGAGACCUUGAACAUGUACCUGAAGUCUAUGAGACACCUGGUCACUGAGGAGCAGUACAGAACCACCGAGGCCGUUGUGCAGAAGUUCGGCGCCCGUGGAGAGAUUGGCGAGUUUUUGCAGCAACAAUUAAUAAAGCGAAGGGAAAGAGAAGUUAACUGGGUGUAUGAAUGGUGGCUGGAUGACAUGUACCUACGCAGUCCAGCUACUCUGACGGUAAACUCCAGUCCCGGAAUGGUGUUCCCCCGCCAGAUCUUCCACGAUCAGAAUGAUCAGCUCAGGUUCGCUGCCCGCCUCAUUGCCGGAAUACUGGAUUACAAGGUUGUAAUAGAUGCCCGUGCUUUACCUGUUGAUUAUGCCCGUGGUCAGUUGGCUGGACAACCCUUGUGUAUGGAGCAGUACUACAAGCUUUUCUCAUCUUACCGUCUCCCAGGUCACCAAAAAGAUACGCUGGCAGUCCAGAAAAGCAGUGUCAUGCCUGAACCAGAGCAUGUUAUAGUGGCUUGUCAGAACCAGUUCUUUGUUUUGGAUGUUGUCAUAAACUUCAGACGUUUGAAUGAAACUGACUUAUUCACUCAGUUGAGAAAGAUUGUGAAAAUGGCGGAGAAUCCAGAAGAACAAGCAGCUCCAAUUGGGCUGCUCACAUCAGACAGCAGGACUGAAUGGGCAGAGGCAAGGAGACUGGUCAUGAGAGACUCUACGAACCGGGACUCUCUGGAUGCGAUCGAACGUUGCAUAUUUCUAUUGUGUUUAGAUUCCCCAAGUGGUGUUGAACAGACUGAUGUAAACCUGGCACUGCAGAUAAUGCAUGGAGGUGACUGUCACAAAAAUAGAGCAAAUCGCUGGUAUGACAAAACCAUGCAGUUUAUUGUUGGAAAAGAUGGAAUUUGUGGGCUGGUUUAUGAACACUCACCUGCAGAAGGCAUUGCAGUUGUACAAUGUGUUGAACAUCUACUCUGUUACAUUAAAGAGACUUCAAAAAAGUUAGUACGAGCUGACUCUGUCUGUGAGCUGCCUGCUCCAAGAAGAUUGAGGUGGAAGUGUGAUUCUGAAAUACAACGAUAUUUAACUUCAGCAGCUGACAAGCUCCAAAGGUUGAUAGAUAACAUUGAUCUAAAUGUGUACUGCUUUAAGGCUUUUGGCAAAGACUUUAUUAAAAAACAAAAGAUGAGUCCUGAUGCUUUUAUUCAGGUUGGAUUGCAACUGUCUUUUUAUAGAUGCCACGGGAGACUUGUCCCUACUUAUGAAAGUGCUUCAACACGUCGCUUUCAGGAAGGGAGAGUUGAUAAUAUUCGAUCAGCAACUAAAGCGGCAUUCGACUUUGUAAAAGCAAUGAUAGAUGGGGGACCAUCUAUCUCGGACUCAAAGAAGAUGGAGCUUCUCUGGGAAGCAAUCAAUUCACAGACCAAUUACACUAUCUUGGCUAUUACUGGGAUGGCAAUUGACAAUCAUUUACUUGGACUGCGGGAGAUGGCAAAGGAACUGCAAAUGGAGUUACCUAAACUAUUCACUGAUGAAACAUACUUGAUAAGUAAUCAUUUUACCCUCUCCACCAGCCAGGUACCAACUACAACGGACGCCUUUCUGUUUUACGGGCCUGUGGUUCCAGAUGGCUAUGGUGCUUCCUAUAAUCCACACUUGGACCAUAUCAUCUUCUGCAUUUCUUGUUUCGUUGAUUGUAAGGAGACCUCUUCCACCAUGUUUGCAAAAGCUGUGGAAAAGAGUUUUAAAGAGAUGAAGGAGCUGUGUGUUAAAUGCAACACCAAAGCCAAGAAAAGCUUCAUGGGAAAUCUAACACAGAAUGUUCAAAAUGAAAGGAAGUUAUGCCAUUAAAGCCCUCAUACUCUAGUUGGACUGUGAAACACAUAAAUGGCCAUUUCUCUAUGCAAAAGAAUAGCAUACUGUUAUCAGUCUUUAUCUAUUUAGAAACUGUAUGGAAUUUGAUGAAACAUCAACUUGCUACUGUUCGUGCAUUAUGACUGAAGAAAUUACAAGCUUGUAAAGUUAUAGAAUUAGCUCUACUACAAUGUUUUUACCAUUAAAAAUAGAAAAAAACUAUAGAUAUAUUAUACAUAUAUGCUGCGCAUCACUCCAGGAUAGAUUGGUCUGCCAAAUACAUUUUGAUGAUAAUCAGUAAUGAAAAACAUACAACUCAUUUCUGUAUCAUUUAUGCAACACAAGAAGAUAAUGUAUUUUGUUUAUUGAAGAACGUGUUUUGUGAUAUUGUGGUAAUGUAAUUAUAAAAAGUAGAGAAUUAACGAACUUCGUUAACCAUACCAUUUGAAUGAAGUUGAACAGAAAAGUUUCUUUAUGGUCAUUUAUUUUUAUGUAACUUACAAAGCUGUUGUGCUAAAAAAUAUGUUGUGUAGUUGGGGAAUACGAGUCCAUAACCGUUUCACAUGUGAUUCUUACUGGAAGUAUUCUUGUAUCAUUUAUCAUAGCAAUAGCAUGUAAAAUAUAGCCCUGGAAAGAGUUCUGGUGCAGUCAUAAUCCUGGCUGUAUUUUGGAAUUUUAUUACAGGGUGAAGACAUGUGGUGUGCUUUGUUUGUUCUGUAAAUAAUUAUGGUGAUUGUCUCUGUAAAUGCCUAUCAGAUUAAGCUAUUUUUAUUUAAUAGUCAGGAUUGUUGCACUCCUGCCCUUAUUUAUAUAAAUUCUGAUUAUGCAACAAAGGAAACAUAUUUUAGAAAAUUGAUUAUAGAAGAGUCAAAUAUAUAUGUAUAAUCAGUACAGUCUAAAAGUAUAUUGCACAUAUUACAUCUUUUGAAGAUGCAUGUGCAGAGGAGAUUCUCAUACUUCAUGCUGGAAACUAACAAAAGUUCUCUGUAUUUUUCACUAUAUUGUACUUUCAAAAUGUGUAUUUCUUGUUUGAAAUGUAAAUCAGUGUGCGUGUGUGUGUGUGUGUGAGUGGAGUGUUUGUUAAUUUAAUGUUCAAUACCAAAUUUUGUCCUGUAACGCUGCCUGUAGAGGCAGAGUGCUUAUGAGUUGGUGCUAUUGAACAAGUGAAGAGGAAAUAACAUGGACAAUUGUGCAAUAAAAUGCUUCUUGUGAAAAUAGUGAAUAAUCAUUAUAAGUCCACAAAUACCAACCAGUGAUUUACCAGGAUGUUGCUGGGAGAUGGAAGGUUUGCGUUAUAAGGAGAGGAUGGAUAGGCUGGGACUUUUUCACUGAAGCUUAGGAGGUUGAGGGGUGACUUUCUAGAGAUUUAUAAAAUAAUGAGAGGUAUAGAUAAGAUGAAUGGCAGUUGUCUUUUCACGAGUACGGGGAAUUUAAAGACUGCUGGCAUAUUUUUAAGCUGAGAGAAGAAAGACUUUAAAAAGAUACGAGGGGCAAGUUUUUUUACGCAGAGUGGUUCACGUGUGGAAUAAACAUUCCGAGAAAAUGUGGAUGCAGAUACAGUUACAACAUCUAAAAGACAACUACGUGCCAAUUGCAAACAGGUGGGACUAGCUCAGUUUGGGAUUAUGUUUGGCAUUGAUUUGUUGACCGAAGGGUCUGUUUCCAUGCUCUAUGACUCUUUUCUGUGACCUUUGCCUGUUUGCCUCCACCUCAGAAGAUGGCAGUUAUCAGUUCACUGUAUCCUGAGCCAGAAGCAAUACCAAGAAUAAUUCUUCUCAAUCAAGUAACCAGUACAUAAAAACGCUGUUAUCAUUGGAUAUGUACAUCACAAUCCUGAUCUUUGCCAUCUGGGUUUGCUCCUGUUUACAUAUUUUAAUAUUUCAGAAAUGCAACAUUCUAGUUGCAAAGAUAGACUUGACAAAUUUGACCUUUUCUCUAACUGAAACAAACAAAGAUGAGUAGAGGGUAUAAUAGAGGCUUUCAUAAUGGUUAAACAUUUUGAUAGGAAAAAUAGUGUGAGAGUGUUCAAAGCAGUUGCCUACACAGCCAUAAAAAUAAUGUUAUCAUUGGGAAGAUAAAGGGUUAAAAUUACUCAUAUUGAAGUUCAAUUGUAAUCAAUAAUUACUGACAAAGAACUAGAUGAGUAUUUGAAAAAGAAGGCUAGGAAAAUAUGGCAAAUAGUAGUGGGGAGUUGCCUGACGGGAAGGAUAUCCAACUGUGUUGUCAUUUCAACAAAUCCAUUUAUAGUCAAAGCAAUCAGAAGCUUCACUGCUGUAUUUCUGAUGAGUUGUCUACUACUUAAUUUGAUUUUAUUUUGUGCAACAGCAUAGUUUCAGAACAAAUAUGAACAAAUUUAUGUGGCAGGUUGUGAGAUUAAAUGUCACUCUUGAUUGAUCAGAAUAAAGUGUUAUAAAAAUUAUUUUCCUGUAAAUUCCUGACAGCAAGCCUUGUAAGACAGGACUGGAAAAAAGCAAAACAGUGGUUUGCAUUUCUUCAUUUGCUACCACAAAAAUUCUUUUAACUUUUCAUGUCACUGCAUUUCUCUAAUAACUGGGCAUUUGUGUAAAUAGGGUACAGAUACCAUUGCAAAAGAAAAACUGAAGAACAUGCAUAGGGUUUUUUUAGCAGAAGAAGCUCUGAAAUUGGUGGGAAUCACUGUCAGGAAGGGAAUUGCAGUCAGAAAAUAGUGACAGUUUAUUCUGUUCGGAGCAUUGUUAAGGCCAGUUAAAAUAUCAGGAGUUUAGAGAGGUCAGAUUUGAGAGUCACAUUCACUGAACUAUUCUGAAUUAACAAGCCUCAUUUUUGCAAAUCAAACCAGAAAAACGGAGAGAGGAAAAUGGAUUGUUUUCAAUGAAUUUAUUCUAUGACAAUAUGUGCUAUGUAAACCAUCGUACACUAGUAUUAUGCUCUUCACGCUUUCUAUUCAACCCUAGAUUUUGAAUUUAUUCAGUUUCAUAUUACUGCUUGUGAAUUCCAGCAUGAACCUCAGCCACCAUCGUGUUGCAGUUUCUAUUUUAUUAACAUAAAAUAUUUUGUAAAAAUAAUAUAGAUGAUAGAAAGUGAGGCUUUGAUUGAAUCUCUGUAUUCAGACGACACCCAUAAACAACUUGAGUUUUGCUUUCACGGCUUGUCACCUAAAAUGGUGACAAAAUUACAGCCUUAUUAUUCAUUCCGAACCAGCUAUAAUUCUGUUCCAGUUUCAAGUCUACAGUCCUGAUUCUUGCCAGACUAUAAACUAAUCUGCACAAAAAUGUGCAAUAAUUCACAAUAGGUAUUAUACAAACAUGAAGAAAUAAACAGACAUAUAACCUACUACUUGUAUAUAAUCUUAGUACAAAAUAAAUUUUGGACAAAAUUCAUAAUCUUAUAUCAUUUUUCAUUUGUGACUUUGUGGUUUUGAAAUGUUCAUUUUGUACAGAAAAAUAUAAAAGCACUUCAAACAUGUAACUCAAGAGUUUUCUAGCAACACCUCAAAAAAUACUUUAAAAGGAGAAAUGAAACAAUUGUCUUAACCUGAUUUUAAUUAUUCUGGUUACUAAUGUUUGUAGAAAAAAAAAUCAUUUUUCUGGCACCAGACUUAUCCCUCUGUAAAGAUGAUAUUUUAGGCAGGCCAC